AACACAAGAAGCAGGGGAAGACAGAGACAUUUAACAUGGCGGAUCACUACUCGCCUGAUCAAUUACUAACUCUCCGCUGCCGCCGGAAGCGGCGGUCUCGGGCGUCGAGCGACUACCUGGGAGUUCGUCGGCGGCCGUGGGGCCGCUACGCCGCCGAGAUCAGGCACCCCGUCACCAAGGAGAGGCACUGGCUCGGCACCUUCGACACGGCAGAGGAAGCCGCCUUGGCCUACGACCUCUCCUCCAUCUCCUUCUGCGGCAUAGCCGGAGCUAGAACCAACUUCUACUACCCUUUCAUGGCUGAUUCUAUUGCUUCUCCUUCCCUGCCGCAGCCUCCGCCUCCACCUCCUCGGCCGCCGCCGCCGCCACCUCCAUCUCCGUCGGAGGAGGAGGAUAGAGAGCCGUGGUGGGUGGAGUUCGACGAUGAGUCGAUGACCAUCGCGGCCAUCUUGCAGAGUUUUAAGCAUUCAAAUAAUUAGUUAAUUCUCCGCUGUUGCAUGAUUUCAUGGUGGAUGAUUUGGUGGAUUAAAAAUGGAUAUUUCUGUGAUUUCAUGAUCUUU